UGUGAAAAGAACUCAUUCGUUAAACAAAUUGACGAUAAUCUGAGCUGUAAUCUCAGCGACGAUGGAACACACGCGGAGGAAGUCGCGAAUGCUCUGUGCGGAACGCAAAGAAGCAAGGACGCGUGCGCAGUAUUGCAUAAGUAUGUGAUGAAUUAGUUGUAUAAAUGAUCGCGUCACGACAUAACAGAUUCUUGACUCGUAACAUAAAAAAAGGAUAAAUUAACUCGAACAAUGGCUAAAAUUAAUUUGAAAAGAGUAAUUAAGGACAGAAUUCCUCUUUUGAAAUGGCUACCUCUGUAUAAAGCGGAACAUAUACUGAGUGAUCUUGUUGCGGGUGUCACCGUUGGAUUAACCUUGAUACCUCAAGCAAUAGCUUAUGCAGGCUUGGCGGGUUUAAAACCGCAAUAUGGGCUUUAUAGCGCAUUCAUAGGAAGUUUUAUUUACGUCGUUUUUGGGUCGUGCCGUGAAGUUAAUAUUGGUCCAACCGCGCUCAUAUCUUUAUUAACUUGGGCAUACGCAAGAGGAAUUCCGGAGUAUACAGCCUUGCUUUGUUUCUUGUCGGGAUGUAUCACAAUAUUUCUUGGCAUUCUACGCUUAGGCUUUUUAGUUGAAUUCGUGUCGACGCCGGUGGUAUCCGGAUUUACGUCAGCUGCGAGCGUCAUCAUUGCAUGUAGUCAAGUGAAGAAUUUGUUGGGUUUGGAUAUUCACGGUGAGAAUUUUCUUGAAAUAUGGUGGGGAUUAAUAAACCAUAUAACCGAUACCAAAAUACCAGACUUGAUUCUGUCUUGUUGCUGUAUCUUAGUUCUACUCGUCUUGAAGUAUUUUAAGGACAAAAAGAUCGCCAACGUCACAUUGAGAAGAUUUCUUUGGACGAUGGGUACGGCUAGGAACGCUCUCGUGAUUAUCCUUUGCGCAGCCACAUCUUAUAUUUUCGAAAUGUACGAUGGUGCACCCUUCAUCCUUACGGGCCACAUCGACGCUGGUCUGCCAAGUGUCGAAUUGCCCCCAUUUUCAAGAACAAUCGGCCAAAACCAGACUGAAAGUUUCAUCGAUAUGGCCAAAAAUUUCAAGUUCGGACUCCUGGUUAUACCGCUCAUCUCCAUUAUCGGAAAUGUCGCCAUUGCAAAAGCCUUUUCACGAGGUAAGUCACUAGACGCCACCCAGGAAAUGCUAACACUCGGAUUGUGCAAUGUAGUGGGUUCAUUUUUCCAUUCGAUGCCUGUCACAGGAUCUUUUUCAAGAAGCGCAGUGAAUAAUGCCUCUGGUGUUAGAACACCUUUAGGUGGCAUGUACACAGGUAUUCUAGUCAUACUUGCGCUAAGUCUAUUAACACCAUAUUUUUAUUAUAUUCCGAAAGCGACAUUAAGUUCUGUCAUAAUUAGCGCAGUGAUAUUUAUGGUAGAAAUUGAUAUGAUACUUCCAAUAUGGAAGUGCAAUAAACGUGAUUUAAUACCAGCAUUUGUGACAUUCCUCGCUAGUUUAUUCGCUGGAGUAGAACUAGGAAUUUUGAUAGGUACAAUAAUCGAUCUUAUUAUAUUGAUAUAUCUUAAUGCGCGGCCAACAAUAAAUAUCGAAUAUAAAAACACUUCAAUAACGAAUUACGUCAUGAUUCGUCCUAUUGCUGGACUUUUAUUUCCAGCAGUAAAUCAUUUAAGAUCGCAUUUAACAAAGGCAUUAUCUACACAUGACAAUAUUCCAAGAAGUCUCAAUACCUUGACGAAUAUAGUGUUGGAUUGCGAGCAUAUCGACAAAAUUGAUUUUACUGUCGCACAGAGUAUCAGCAUGUUAUUAAAAGAAUUUAGGGAGAACAAUUGCCGAUUAAUAAUGCUGCGGCCGAAUUCUGAUAUUUUAAGGAGCAUACAAUCGUUAUCGGACAAGGAAAUCUUGACAGCUAGAGACGAAAUCGAUUUAAUUACAAUUUUGAAACAAUUUGUGACACAAAAUGCAAAUGUUGAAGUUUCAAGAGGCAAGAUGAACUCUGAAACGACGCUCGAGCUUGCCUCUACAUGGUUGUGAGACACUAGAUUUAUUGAGAUGAUGCUGGAAAUGACUCUGCAAUAAUUUUACCGACAAAAUGUUACUUAUAUUAAUUUCAUCUUUAUUUUUAUUGCUUAUAUAUAU